AUGUGGCGUCCGAUUCUUGCACUCCCCCGUCGCUCUACCACAACGCGGUGCUUAGUUCCGCAACGUGCUUUGUUCUCCUCGUCGUCGUCGUCUUCGUCUUCUGAUUACGAUCUCGUCGUGAUUGGCGGAGGCCCUGGCGGCUACGUCGCUGCUAUUAAAGCCGCUCAAUUGGGGCUGAAAACCGCUUGCGUCGAGUCGCGCGGCAAACUGGGCGGCACGUGCUUGAACGUGGGCUGCAUCCCCUCGAAAGCGCUGCUGCACUCGACGCAUCUCUUGCACACGGCCCAGCACGAGUUCAAAAGCUACGGCAUUGACGCGCCCCACGUGACGGCGAACUUUCCCCAAAUGAUGAAAGCCAAAGAAAAGGCAGUCCGAACCCUAACAGCUGGGAUUGAAUCUCUUUUUUCGAAAAAUAAAGUGACGUACAUAAAAGGGGUGGGCAAACUCGCCGCCAAAGGGCAAGUGGCGGUCACUCUUGCCGACAGACAGGGCAACGAGACGCUCACGGCCAAGCACAUUAUCCUGGCCACGGGCUCUGAAGUAACGCCAUUGCCACCUGUUCCCGUGGACAACAAUGCGGGCAAAAUCGUCGACUCGACGGGUGCCCUGGCUUUAACUCGCGUUCCGGACCAUCUGGUGGUCGUUGGUGCUGGCGUCAUUGGACUGGAACUUGGCUCGGUCUACAAACGGUUGGGUGCCAAGGUGACGGUCGUGGAAUACCUGGACUCGGCAUGUUCGGGGAUGGACAAGGGCGCGGUCAAGGACUUUCUGAAGUUGUUGAAGAAACAGGGCCUCGAGUUUCAAUUUGGCACGAAAGUAACGGCUUCUGAAGUAAACGGAGAUGUGGUGACGCUCACGACGGAACCUGCGACUGGAGGCGACGGGUCGACGAUUCAGUGCGACACGGUGUUGGUAGCUACUGGUCGUCGAGCAUUUACAGCUGGUUUGGGACUGGACCAGAUGGGAAUCCAGACGGACAAGCAAGGUCGCAUUGAAGUGGACCAUGCGUUUCAAACCCAAGUACCAGGUGUUUUUGCGAUUGGAGACGUGAUCAAAGGCACGAUGCUGGCCCACAAGGCCGAGGAAGAGGGGAUUGCGUGUGUGGAGAACAUUGCUGGUAAGCACGGCCACGUGAAUUACGGUGCGAUUCCGAACGUCAUUUACACGUUCCCCGAGUUUGCAUCGGUGGGCAAGACGGAGGAGGAGCUCAAGGCCGAGGGCGUCGAGUAUAACGUUGGCAAGUUCCCGAUGAUGGCCAAUAGUCGUGCGCGCACCGUGGCCGAAGCGGACGGGAUGGUGAAGGUGCUGGCGGACAAGAAGACGGACAAGUUGCUUGGCGUGCACAUUAUUGCCAGCAAUGCUGGCGAGAUGAUCUCGGAGGGUGUGAUUGGCAUUGAGUACGGCGCGGCGAGCGAGGACUUGGCGCGCACGUGCCACGCUCACCCGACGCUGAGUGAAGCCUUCAAAGAGGCCUGUCUUGCUGCUCACGACAAGUCGAUUAACUUUUGA